CCACACCCCAGGUGCCUGCAGAGCCGCUCAGUGCCUGAGCUGCCAGUGCUGCUACCCGCCAGGCCCCUGACGCCAUGCAGGCCAUCAAGUGCGUGGUGGUGGGAGACGGAGCAGUGGGCAAGACCUGCCUCCUUAUCAGCUACACCACCAAUGCCUUCCCUGGAGAGUACAUCCCCACCGUGUUUGACAACUAUUCGGCCAACGUGAUGGUGGACAGCAAGCCGGUGAACCUAGGACUGUGGGAUACAGCCGGGCAGGAAGACUAUGACCGCCUCAGACCCCUGUCCUACCCCCAGACGGAUGUCUUUCUCAUCUGCUUCUCUCUCGUCAGCCCAGCCUCCUAUGAAAACGUGCGAGCCAAGUGGUUCCCCGAGGUGCGGCACCACUGCCCCAGCACCCCCAUCAUCCUGGUGGGCACCAAGCUGGACUUGCGGGACGACAAGGACACCAUCGAGAAGCUGAAGGAGAAGAAGCUGGCGCCCAUCACCUACCCGCAGGGCCUGGCACUGGCCAAGGAGAUUGACUCAGUGAAGUACCUGGAGUGCUCUGCCCUCACCCAGCGGGGCCUGAAAACGGUCUUUGAUGAGGCGAUCCGGGCCGUUCUGUGCCCUCAGCCCACGCGGACGCAAAAACGGGCCUGCAGCAUCCUCUAGGGGU